ACCCUAGAGCCUGCAGUCGUUUUACUCCUGGUCCUGUACGCGUUUGAGUUAACAACACGCCAAGGAAUCCGCAGUUGUCUUUUAUUCCUCCUUUGGUCCAUCUUCUUGCACCUCUUUGUGGAAUACUUGAGAGCCGAAUCUUGUCGCUUUCAUCAUCUGCUCCUGUUCCGAGUUUGAACUGAAACUGAGCAUCAUGCAGGGCCUUCUGCUUUCACUUUUGACGCUUUCCAUGUGUGUUGCUGGCUCGUACGCUGUUCAAUGUUACGAGUGCAACGGGGUCAUUCAACCGCUCACGUCGAAUACCUGGUGCAGUGACCCCUUCGAUGCCGAUUCGGCCGGUGCCAAAGCAUCCAUUAAGUCCUGCAAGGGACCUUGCGUGAAACUGUACUCCAAAAUUGGGAGCAACGUUGAAGGCUACGUCCGUCAGUGUUCCAACGACACUGAUCAGUCCCUGUGCAUAAACGACUGCGGAAGUGUCGGGGACAUCUACUCCUGUGGGUACUGCUGCACCGGGGACCUCUGCAACAGCGCAGCCUCCGUGACCUUUAACCUCCUGGCAGCAGUCGCCAUGUUGGUAUCAGCCUGGGUCUUCACAGCGUAAAGACAUUUGGCGCUGGCAUGAUGGUGCUAAUUACCGGUUGCUCAUUUUGGAAAACCAUUGGGACCAUCGGAAGGGGUGUAGACACAACAAUCUUUUAUUUCAUUUUCUUUAACUGAAAUACGCAUUGGUACUUGACGCAACUUUUACCCAAAAUUCUACUUACUUUUUUUUUGGCACUGGGACUUUGUUUUUUUUAUGUUAUAAUUAAUGUAAAGAAUUUACAGUACUGGUGUUAGAGUUUGCGUGUGUGUGCAUGAGUGCAGACAUACUCAGAGCAUGUUUAAAUGCCCAUUCCAAAUAACAUUACUGUAACGUCACGAGUGCUUGAUGUUAUUUACAAUUAUGGUCUGGCAUUGAAAAUGCUCUGAAAAUGUUUGGAUGGUGAUGGCCACGCGCGCGUCUCAAAUUAUUCCACGUGAUUGGUUGGUUUCAGUUAUGUGAUUAUAUUUGGUGGCAUUGGGUGCAACUUAACUGUGCUUAUGAACGUCAGCAGUUGAAAAGGUAAAUCAGACUUAUGGUGGACAUGAUCAAUUAAUAUAUAGGAGCUUUGCGGUGACACAAUGUUUUCUGUUUUUGAGUUGUGUGGUUCUGAGAAGAACCAGUUGGUUCAACUCGACGUUUCGUUAUCAGGCGACUGCCAGAUUGAUGUAGUAGCUUAAGUAGUGGAUGGUAAGUUCAAUGGACCGUACGUGUGGAGGCGGUGGAUUCUGAAAGAGGAUGCUAAGUUCAGCAUCUUAAUGAUGACGAACAGAGCAAACGGUUUGAGACGUCGAGUUAAAGCAAAACGGUUCUUCCCAGAACCACACAACUCACUGAGAGAUAAUCAUUCACAUGGUGUUCUUCCACAGAUCUUCCAUUCAUAUAUAACAGGGGUGUUAAAAAGCGUAAUGUUGGUCUACUUCUUGUUGGGCCAAUUGCAUAGGCAAAGUUUGGUGUGUCAAACCCCCUUUUGGUAUCUGGUUAUUACAAAUAAAGCAGUUGGUGUAGCCCGUUAUAGUCUUAACGUGUUCUUUUUUAAAGUACAUGUAGUUAAAAUCGGCGUAUAUGGAUGUAAUUGUGUUUCUAUUAGAAGAAAUCGAGUACUUUCAUCGGUUUUUUUUUACCAUGUCUUCGUUUGUGUAUGAUAACGGAAUUACUGAUGUACAUAAUUUGUGCCGUCGGUAGUGAUGAUGUAUUGAAAAAGUAUGACUUUUUCGCUGCUGUUUUCCUUUUUGUCUGUGUUGAUUAACUCUUGCAGUACUUCAGUAACAAGGAAUAAAGUAAAACACUGUUAUCCUCUUUAUGUGUUUGUUUUGUUUUAUAUUUGCAGCUUUUAACAAAUAAAACGACGCUUUGUCAUGUUUUCUACAGUCUUUCCGGGAGUACCAUGCAACUGUCUGAUCUGAUCUGAAAGUGGCGUGCUCUAUUAGACCCAAAUUACUGUUGCAUUCUUUGUUGUAAAAUAUCAAUGUCGUAUUGUUUAGCUGUCUUCGUAAUUUAGAUCUGUUCUCCGACUUGGACAAUGCCAGUUUUGAGUACCGAGUUCAGUUUCUAGGCCUACGUUAUUUUGUGUGACGUCUCGGUGCCAAACACUGACUAGUCUGGCUACGGACUUUCUCGUCUUUCAUCACAUAACACUAUGCAUAGUCGGUUGACCAAAAUUUAAGGUCACAUUUCAUUUGUCACUAUGGUGUGGUCAAUCAAUGGCACGCUCUGUAAUCUCCACCCUGACAACUUGUUUUUGCAUAAUUUUAUUAGCUCGUCCUCGUCUCACCUUUUUUUAAUAAGAUGCUUGAAGAUAAUUUGUGAAGGGAAAAGUGAGAAAAAAAGAAACAAUUUCCAAUUUGAAAAGCUCAUCAUUUAGGGACGAUCUCUCGCGGUUUUGUGAAUUGAAAUUAUUGCAGAAUUUAUGCUUGCGGCUAAACUUUUUUUACUGUACGGUUUAUUUUAUACGCUUUAUUGUUCUGGACUAAAUAUCAAGUCAAUUAUUAUUUUUGUUGUUUUAUUAAUUUGACCGUAGUGGGCUACCUGUGCACAGUGUAUGCCGUUUCUAGCAAUAAAAACCCCUUGAGGGAAUCGAUUUAGAAAGCAGCAAAAAGUAA